UUACGGAGAGAGCAGCGUCGGUAAUGUCGUGGAACAUCUUUAAAUACAGAGGAAAUAAUAAACACCGUGAAAGUUACAAAGAGGUCCUUUAAUGAACUGUACAACAAUAGAACUAAGACUACAGUGUAGAUGAUAGAAGCUGGAGUUCCUGAGAGCGAGAAUAUAUCGAUUGAAGGUGACUCGUUCUCGUAUUAGUGCUGGCUCAGCCGCAUGGAUAGUCUAUUUCGUCAAGAUCGAAGCAGUGCCUGUACCUGCCUUUCAUGGUGUCCAAGAAAUGCCAGCCAUUUUCUUUCAUCUUUUACUACAAAUGUAAGAGCCACAGGAAAACUGAGCAAAGCCACUUCUGGCUAUCUGCUGUUUCUGCCGCGGGUAAUAGGAAAUAGUACCCCGAAUUUCAGCGUUGUAAGUCCGUAAACUUACAACUGUCUCAUCGGCGGACGAAAAGGGUGAAACUUCGACUUCAAAUAUUUGAGUUUUUAACAUCUGGAACUCCUUAAUACCGGGAUUUUCUACAUGAAAUCUGUGAAGAAUAGAAGACGAUAUUUCAAGACUUAUCACUAGCGCAUUUUAAAACUAUCUCCAAGCGUGUCUUCAUAUUACGAAGAAAUACUUAAAGGGUCCCGAAUCAAACAUUGAUAACAAACUUUUUUUUGUGUGUGUAUUUAGAAAGACUAACAACGAUUUUUUUUAUUUCUAAACACUGUAAACAUGAUACGUUUUAGUGGUUAUAUAAUUUCUUUGGUAAUAGUCUUCUGGGCGGCUACGUGUGAGAGCUUUAUCUUGGAAGGCUCGCCUACGUCUUACGCUCAGUUUAAGACGUGGAACGGAUCUCUCUCGUUUGAAUUUCAAACUAACGAACUCAACGGACUUCUUUUUUAUACUGACGACGGAGGAAGAUUUCGCUAUUUCUUUGAGCUCAAACUCGUUGAAGGAACCUUACGGUUACGUUAUAACCUCGGAGAAGGCUCUGCUUUUAUAACGGUGGGUCGAGGCUUAAACGAUGGUGAGUGGCAUCUCGUAGAAAUUGUGCGACACGUAGAAAAAGUUUCGUUACGUGUUGACGACGAAAUCAAGAAUCGUGUAACACCUGGAAGGGACUUUGCUUUUGAAAAUUUGUCAAUGAACAGUUUCGUGUACAUAGGAGGUUUGCCAGCUCGGUACAAAUCAAAGCUUUCUCAGCUAGCUUUAACCACCGUCUUCUUCGAACCUCACUUUAAAGGAGCUAUACGUAAAGUUAUCUACUCCAAUGACGAAGCCUCCUCCAGAAGACAAGACAUGAUUGCUUUUCAUGGCAUACGAAAUAACGGGUUGGAUCACUGUAAUUACCGUGAUCCAUGUCAACAUGGAGGUACAUGUAUCAGCACGGACAGUGGCGCCAUCUGUGACUGCAAGAAUGUGGACUACGAGGGGAACUUUUGUGAUAAAGAAAAAUCACAGUCAGAAGCCACUUUUCGAGGAGUGGAAUUUCUCAGUUACGACUUCAAAGCCUUUGGAGGAGGAGAGCCCAUCACCAGUUUAAGUGACACGGUUUCCCUUUUUUUCAAGACUCGCCAGCCCCAUGGGAUGUUGUUUUACACAGGAGAUGGAGAUGACUUCCUUAGCUUAUCGCUACGUGAUGGAGGCAUUGUUCUGACUGUCAGUCUAGGUUCAGGUUCUCUUGAAAGAGUCGUCCGCCCCUCUAGAGUGCGCUUUGACGACAACCAGUGGCACAAAGUUUUAGUUCAUAGAAAAGUUCGAGAAAUCACGGAUGUUACGAGCUUCUGUCACCUUUCUAUAGCUGUGGACGGAGUCUACACGCAACGUGGUUCCACAGCAGGCACCUUCUCCUUUUUGUCUAGUAAGGAACUCUACGUAGGAGGCAGUGACGUAAACAGUGGUCAUCUUGGGAUACACAGUCGUGUCAGUUUUGUUGGAUGCCUACGCAAAGUUAGGUUCCUAGCAGACAGUUUAAGUAUGGAUCUAAUUGAACUUGCCAGUACUGGAAGCAAACUCGUUCGACCACAAGGAAACUUUCAGUUUGUGUGUCAUGAAGUUGAAGCAGCGGACCCCAUUACCUUCACUACUAAGGAGUCGUUUCUGGCCUUAUCCCGCUGGGAUGCCCCACGUGGGGGAAGAAUCUCAUUCAAGAUACGGACCAAUGAACCCAACGGUGUUCUUAUGUAUAACAGCGGCGCCACCGCACAAGGGGACUUUUUUGCCUUCGAGCUGCUGGCAGGUCAUGUAUAUCUCCUAUUGAACUUAGGUUCCGGAUCAGUAAAGGUAAAGGCCACUACUCGACGAGUGGACGAUGGUCACUGGCAUAGAAUUUAUUUGACGAGAAAGAGCAAAUCUGGACGAGUUAUAGUAGACGAAUAUUCAGUCGAAUUUUUUACACAAGGCAACUCAAAUCAACUUGACCUAGAAGGCCCCCUAUACCUCGGAGGAAUAGGAACAAGCCCAGAAGGUAGAACCAUUCCACCAGAGCUCUGGUCGGGAAAGCUUCAAUACGGCUACGUCGGUUGCAUGAGAGAUUUAAUAGUUAACGACAAUGCAGUGGACAUUGCCCUUUACGCCCAGAAACAAGACUCGGGCAGUAUUCGACCCGCCUGCCACACUUCACCGCCCCAGUGUGAUAGCCAACCAUGCUUAAACGGGGGCUUUUGUACAGAGGGCUGGAACCGCUACCUCUGUGACUGUAGUAGGACUAACUUCACUGGUUCAGUUUGUUCUAAAGAUGCUACAACACUUAGCUUUGAUGGAGAACAAUACAUGAAUAUUCAAAUUCCGGAAAUUUCUCGAACUCAGGCCGAAGACAUUCGAUUGAGAUUUAGAACAACUCGACCAAGUGGCCUGUUAUUGGCAACAACACUUGAAAAAUCAGUCAACCAUCUGGUGGUAGCAUUGGAAUCUGGCAGGAUCAAAGUUAUCUUGAAUCUAGGAGACGGAAAUAAGCUGCUCCACGUGGGAAACAGAUUAAAUGAUGACCAGUGGCACACAUUGCAAAUAAUUCGUCGUGGCCAUAAUUUGGUGGUCAGGGUGGACUCGGAAACGCUCAGUGGAGAACUAGUCGGUCACCAGAUGACACUGGAGUUCCAGGACCUCCACAUUGGUGCCUAUAUUCCUUCUGGUAUUCCCGUUUAUUCUCCACAAAGCCAAACCAGAGAUGUUCCUAACUUUAUAGGUCACAUGCAAAAACUGUUGUUCAAUGGCGAUCAGUUCUUUGAGAUGGCUAGAACUGGACAGCUAGUAAACUUUCAGGUUACAGCUAAAUUUGGAAAAAAAGAAGAAAUUGUCCAUCAUCCCGUUACAUUUAAAUCCAAGAACACGUUUUUGGGAAUUUCUCAGCUGAAGGCUUACUCCACCAUGAACUUAUACUUUCAGUUUAAGACACUGGAGCCAAACGGAUUGAUUCUUUACAAUAGUGGUAAAGAACAAGACUUUAUUGCUAUAGAGCUAGUGAACGGACAUCUUGACUACAUUUUUAACCUAGGAGACGGCCCCAAAAAAGUAAGGUCAAAUACACGGCGGACCUUGAAUGACAAUAAAUGGCAUGCGGUGACCAUUGGACGGCAAUCUUUACGUCAACAUACUUUAAUGGUCGACGACAUGAUCGCCACCGUGACCAGUGUGGGAUCCAAUGUUCAUCUGGAUUUAGAUGGACUUCUGUACCUGGGUGGAGUUAGAAGAAGCACGUAUAAUAACCUGCCCAAGUUGGUACAGUCAAAACACGGAUUCGAAGGAUGCCUAGCUUCUUUGGAUCUGAACGGUGAAAUCGUGAAUCCUAUUGCUGACGCUAUUAUUCCUAGUACUCUUGUGUCAGACGGAUGCGCCGGAGCCGAUACAAAAUGCAGCAACAGCGCAUGUGCUAACAAAGGUGUGUGUGUUCAGUUAUGGAAUGGCUACACCUGCGACUGCGAUAUGACGUCAUUCACCGGUCCCACUUGCUCUGAUGAGAGUAUCGCCUAUGAGUUCGGCAGCGGUUCUGGAAUCAUCACUUUCAACCAUCCCCUUGACCGACGACCCGACACUAAAACCGACCUCCUGGCACUGGGUUUCGUCACUGUCAGUGAUAAUGCUAUUUUAGUUCGAAUUUACAGCGGAAGCAGCAACGAUUACUUACAACUUGAAAUACUAGAGGGAAAUAUUUUUGCCGUGUAUAAUCUUGGCACCGAUGAUCACCCGAUCGGAGAGCUGAGUACGAGAGUAGACAAUGGGCAAUACCAUGUGGUUCGGUUUACUCGCUCUGGACCAAACUCUACAAUUCAGCUUGACGACCACAACGUUGUUACGAAGUACCCAAACGGAAAACAAUUAGCAAUUUUUAACAGUCAUUCGAAAAUUGAAAUCGGAGCUAAGAAGAACAUGGGAAGUGGGCGGCUUGAAAAGCCUUUCCAUGGCAUAAUCACCGGACUGGUGUUUAAUGGAGACAGGCUACUAGACAUGGCUUCUGAAGGUGACCCUAGAGUCACUGUGGAGGGUGACGUUGAACUACUUGUUUCCAUUCCGUACGACCUUGGUCAAGUGAGGCCUUCGGAUUCACAGAUGCAUCAGCCUUUAUCUAGAUUCGCUCACAGCGGUGAUGAUCUGGUGUUUUCUGGAGCAGGAUCUGGAUGUUUUGAUGACGAAGACAACUGUGGAGUUAUAGUGGUUGAACCAGGUGAUGACCUUAUCACUCCUAUCUUCAUUCCGCCCACCCACAAACCACGUCAUCCGACACCAAACCCAUCAUCUCGAGUAAGUCAGCGACCAGUAGAAAUAAGGCACAGUGAUGAGACUCUGUGCGAUGACGAAGAGGGUUGUGGAGAGGGUUCAGGCAUUGAGGGUUUUGUCAUCACUAAUCCACCCAUUAAUUAUUACAUACCAGAAAAAGGUGUGUCUAUAUCACAAGAGCCAGCGCCAUCAGCUUCGCCUGUUCCACCUCAGCUUCUCCCACCUUCUUCUACAACCAGUUAUUGGAACGUGGUAAACAAAGGUGAUGCUCAAGUCAAAGCAUGGAAUGCAUCAACUACCUGGCGGCCUAUAAAUUAUAUUUCAACACGUAAUCCUCCAUCAGUAUAUCAAGUACCUAUCCCGGAUAUACCCAAGAAAGACCAGGGCCUGCAGAAGCCAAACAAGAAGCCUAAGAGCUCUGCGGACAACACAGCUCUAGUGAUUGGGAUCAUCGCAGGAGUUUUAAUAUCUAUAGUUUUAAUAGCCUUGAUUGUUUACAAGCUACGAAACCGAACGGAUGGCGCAUAUAAACGUAAUGAGGGUAAGGAUUACCGAUUUGAACCCGUUUCUAACAGCCCUGCCCUUCUUGGUGGCCAACAACAAGCCAACGGCGCACUGAAACCCACGGAAAAGGCCCACAGACUCCCUAAGAAAAAGGACAUAAAAGAGCUUAAGGAGUGGUAUGUGUAGAUUCUCCUUCACAAUAUAGUUUCUCUUGAUGUUAUCGACUACUAGUGCCAUCAAGAGAAACCAUUUAAAAUAAAAGACUAAUGUGAAAGUAAGACACGUGCGGUAUUAUUGUGACUGCCUAUAGUACAAAUUGUGGCAUGUUAGUAGAAGUUAGUGGAGUCAAAAUCUACAAAUUAAAGAAGUUUAAUGAUGAAAGCAGCUAUAAAUCAGUGACCGUCAGUGUUUACUUACAUUGAUUGACAACCUUGAUUUGUACGUAGAAGUUAGUAGGUUUCGACCUGGAGUUAUAUCUUAUUCACAAAUAUUGACUGGCUUGUUCUGCGCAGUGCUUCUGUUCAUUACUGUGUGAGCAAUUUGCCACUUACCCACGCCUUUUGCAUGUUGUUAUAUAAGCUGUAUUUGCAAAAGUUAUUGAACGUGAGUUAUCUGACAUUGGCCUCCACUAGGCGGCGCAGCGUACUUCUAAAUGACUGUGGUAAAGAACUGACAUUAGUCAUUGACCAUACGGACCUAUCCUUUCUAAGUGUAGUUCAUGGCACCUUGUUUGUUCUAUAUGUGUAACAGAAAAAGAAAAUGUUUGUUAGCUGGUCUUCUCCUGAAUAAAACAAGUCUUUUUUUUCUGCUCCGCUGUUAAUCUGACAAAGUCACGAUGAAACCAUCCAUCUACUGCUGUAACAAUGGAUAUCUUUUUUAACGGUAACUAUCGUACAUUUAUUACUGCAUCUCUAGAUCUGCGAAAGCUACAAACGUGUCUUUUUGUUUCUUAAUAAAAUUUGACGUUUUUCGUUCAGAUUAGGUUUUUCCUGGUGGCAGGAUAAAAGUAAAAAGACUGUGUCCACUUAGUAGCAGUGACAGCAUUAUUGAGUUUUGAUUCAAAGUAACCAAGUAUAACAAAGAUAUAUGUGCAUUGUUUAUCCUUAUUGUUUGUUUUUGCUGUUUUGUGUCUGUAGAUAUCUUGUCGAUCGUGUGUAUUACCAUAUUACAAUAUCAAGUAUGUUUUUUUUCUGUUUACGGACCAUGUCGGAGCUUUAAAGUUAUGUUAAAUCAUAAAAUAUAUAAUCACCCAAAAACGAGAUUGUAACACAGUAUAACCUUGCCUAUAUUCGAGGCUGAUUUUAUUCAAGUAGUGACAUUUACAUUUAUCUGUGAACGUGGUAAACACAUUGUAAUUUCCAAUUAGAAUUAUUACUACUACAACAUUAUCUAACGUUUUUUUUUAGCACCACCAGAAAGUAUAUAUUACAAUUUAUUAGUGUCGUAUACUGGGUCUAUUGUUAUGUUGUUUUUGUCCCUCCCUAUUACUUAACUGUUAGUGUUUAGUUGUUGUUAAGAUGGCUUAGCUCCCGCUAUUAUUUAGCUGUCAGUGUUUGGAUAUUUCUAUGUUGGCUUUGCCCGUUCUUACAUAGCUGUCAGUGUUUGGCCAUUUCUAGGUUGACUUUGGCCACCAGUUAUUAGCGGGGACAGUGUUUGGCCUUGUUUCCGCUGUUGCUUAACUGUGAGUGUUUGGCAAUUUCUAGGUUGACUUUGUCCCCGCUAUUAAUUAGCGGUUAUUGUUUGACUAUUUUUAGGUUGCUUUUGUUUCCGCUUUUGCUUAACUGUUAAUGUUUGGCUAUUUCUACGUUGGAUUUGCUACCACUAUUACUUAGCUGUUAGUGUUUGGCUAUUUCUAGGAUGACUUUGCCCCACUAUUACUUAGCUGUUAAUGUUUGACUAUUUAUAGGUUGGCAUUGUUUCCCCUGUUGCUUAACUGUGAGUGUUUGGCAAUUUCUAGGUUGGCUUUGCCCCUGCUAUUACUUAGCUGUUAGUGUUUGGCUAUUUAUACGUUGGAUUUGCCACCACUAUUACUUAGCUAUCAUAUGUGGCUAUUUCUAGGUUGACUUUGUUUUCACUGUUGCUUAACUGUGAGUGUUUGGCAAUUUCUAGGUUGACUUUGUCCCCGCUAUUAAUUAGCGGUCAUUGUUUGACUAUUUUUAGGUUGCCUUUGUUUCCGCUUUUGCUUAACUGUUAAUGUUUGGCUAUUUCUACGUUGGAUUUGCCAUCACUAAUACUUAGCUGUCAUAUGUGGCUAUUUCUAGGUUGAUUUUGCCCCCACUAUUACUUAGCUCUUAAUGUUUGGCUAUUUAUAGGCUUGAAUUGUUUCCCCUCUUGCUUAACUGUGAGUGUUUUGCUAUCCCUAGGUUGACUUUGUCCCUGCUAUUAUGUAGCUGUUAGUGUUUGGCUAUUUCUAGGUUGGCUUUGUUUCCACUGUUGCUUAACUGUCUGUGUUUGGCUAUUUCUAUUGAAUCCUCCCCCCCCCUCCGUUACUUAGCUGUUAAUGUUUGGCUAUUUUAAAGUUGGCUUUUCCCCGCUGUUACUUAACUUUCAGUUUUUGGCUAUUUCUAGAUUGACUUUGUCUCCGUUAUUACUUAGCUGUUAAGUGUUUGAAUAUUUUUAGUUGGGCUUUGUUCUCGCUGUUGCUUAAUUGUCAGUGUUUGGUUAUUUCUACGUUGGCUUUGACCCGCUAUUACUUAUCUGUCAGUGUUUGGUUAUUUUUAGGUGGGUUUUGUCCCGCUGUUACUUAAUUGCCAGUGUUGACUUCUAGGUUGACUUUGCUAUUAGCUGUCAAUGUUUGACUGUCGCUAAGCGAUCGAUAUUCAACUGUCACUUAGUAAGAUCCGAUAUGAUGUAAAGAGUAUUAUGUGUAUCAUUGAUUUCUUUAAUGGUCUUACACAAAUCUUCUUACUGGAUAUGUUAUUAUGAUAUGCUGUUAUCAACAAUAUUUAAUUCAGUCGAGGUGAAAAUAAGUUGGAAAUUGAAUAACUUAUGGAACAUUGUUAAAGACACUUUGACACUGUUAAUGAAAUAUACGUUAUUUUUAAAUGGAUAAUUUGAAGACAACCAACAAUGUUAAUAAUGUUUCAACAAUAAAUACAAAAUGCAUGUUUUAUGUGUCGGGCUAGAUGUGAUUGGUGAGGAAUUAUUCAAUGCUCAUUUAAAGUGUAGUGAAAGCUUAUAUUUAUUGUGUCACGUCGUGAUAAUUGAGUUCUUGGAAGUUGUUUCUUCUAGCAUGUUAGAUAUAUAUGGAUUUUUACACUUCUUGUGGAAUUAUAUCUUAAAAUUCCUCUUGAUUUUUAAUGUUCUAAGUGUAGAGAACCAAUCCCCCUCUGGGCUAGUGGUGAACAUUCAUACACAAACACUGGACCGAGUGUUUUCAGUCUUUUUGUUUUCAGUUUUGUUUAUUACUCAAAUAACGGUGAUAUCUCUAUCAAAUAAAACUUACCCCGAGUUAAGUUAUGGUGGUGACAAGUUUGACAGUCGAACUUCCAAAACGUUCUUCAUCGCUAGUUUAUAAAUUAUUUGUCAACUUGCUAUUCUGAUGUUUAACAGUUCGUGUAUUUAUAUCGUUGCUUACAAACAGUUUAUUCAGAAUUGCUUUUUAUGAAUAUAACAUUUUGAAACAACUUUCUAUGAGAAUUAUAUAACAUUAUCAGCUGUUUUCUACCUUUUAAUUAAUCCUUCUCUACAAAAGAAUAUCUUAUAUAACUAUUGUCUGGUACUUUUUAAAGAAAGAUAAUGAUCUUGCUAUCUUAAUAAUUCAACAUCAUAAAAGUUUUUUUAUAGUUUUUCUUACACAAGAAAUAGAAUAUUAGCAAUUCUUAUAUUUUUUUUCUGUUUCAGGGAAAAGAAUUAUUCAGAAAUGUUAAUUGACUUGCCAUAUUAAACAACACUAUACAGCCUUAUGUAUACAUUCAUUGCAAUAGAUCAACAUUAUAUGGAUUUUUUUAUGGUCCCCAUUCAUGAAGAAUAACUUGUUCGUUCGAAACAAAGCUACACAAUGAGCUAUCGGUGCUCUGCCCACCACGGGUAUCGAAACCCGGUUUCUAGUGUUGUAAGUCCACAGAAUACCGCUGUGCCACUGGGGGGGGGGGGUUACGAAAGAAUAAUAUGAUCCACAGUUCUAUAGAUUUUUAUGUUAGGAAGAAUAAAAUGCUUUUAUAAUAAAAGGGUCAGAAAUGUCUAGAUAUGUUUUGGUUUUAUACGAAAAGGACUAAACUUGUUUAUUCUUUGUUUUCCUCUUAUAAUGAACAGAAUAAUCCAGAUGCCUAAUUCAAGAAGUCAAAUGAUCCAGAAUGUUAGUUUCUCCUUACAUGGAUUUUCCUUAACGAUUUCUUCUGGUUUCUUUGUGUACAGUGAUCCAAGAGUUUUCAUGGUUUCUUGUUAUAAAAAAUAGCAUCAUCCAGAUUUGAUUUAUUUGUUUACUUUGUUGAGAAAUCUAAUGAUCGUGUUUUAUUUUUAAGUAAGAGGAUCAUCAAAAUAUUAUAUGCCUUAAUUUUUGUAGCAACAGAAAGAUUCAGAUUUUCUUCCUUUUUAAAGAAAGUCCAGGUUUAUCUGUAUGUUACAACAAAACAUAUAUAAAUCAGAUUCCUGUUAUCGUUUUGUAUUUUAUAUUUAUAUAGUCAGCAGUAGAAAAAGUCAAUUUCUUUCUUUGGUAUGCUGUAUUUCUAAAAUGUUUUUUACUACCUUACCCUGGUCCUAUUAUUAAAUCAUUCAAAGCACUAAAUCAAAAGUAACCUUAUAUAUUAAUUUAACUAAUAUUUUUAUUUAUUUCUAAUUAAUUAAAGCUAAAAUUUUGCUGAAUAACUAACAUUUACAAUAAAGAUGGAAUUUUGUUCCAUAAUAUCAGGGAUACUGAUUUUGAUCUACUCUGUAUAAAGCACAGAACUUCCUAGAAGGGUACGUUCAAUUACUUCAGUUAGGGGAGUUUAUCAAUACAUUUCACUUUAAAUCAUUAUGAAAUUAUUAAUCAAGUUGAACAGCAAUAACUAAAAGCUUAUUCAGAACAAUCACACUACUGCUAUAAUCAAUUCAAUUUUUAGUUUCAGUAUAUUAAGAUAUGAAUUAGGGACUAGCAUCGUAAUCUUGAAUGUUGAAAAUCUAUUUAAUGUAAGUGCAUUAAAUAUAAUUAAAAUGAGAUAAUUUUUUAAAGUUAAAGCAAUAAUAAUUGAUUAAACAUCUUCAGUACUACAAAGAAUUGCUCAAAGGUUUUUAUUGAUCAACAUUGUUAUAUAUAUAUAUAAAAAACUCAAAUAUAUCCAGUUGAAUAUAUAAUAAGACAAUGCAAAGAUCGAUGAAAUAAUCUAGAAUAAACCUGGACAGGCCGACAUAGGUUUUCCACAUCAGAGAAGAUAAUUGCAUUUUCUUAGUCUUCAUUGCUUGGUUGAAUUUCAUUUUAAACUUUAUUUAAUCUUCUUUAAAUCAUAAAAUUAAUCAUACACAGUUUACUACUAUAUCAGAAUUUAAAGCGUGUUAAGAAGGUUGUAUUUGAUAGCUAGUUAUAUAAUUAUUUUGUUUUAUAUGAAACUCUGUUUUUAAAUAAUUCAAAAUAUGCUCAUUCGAUUAGGUUGCAAUUUUUAGAAUUUGUGAUUCACUUUUAGGAAAACAAUUCUAAAAACCUUGCAAACAAAUGACUUUGAAAGCAGUUUUUGUAUUGCUAUAUUUAACUUGUUGUUUAGUUACUCAGUUGCAAAACGCAUAUUGCACUUACCGUGAUUAAUUAUCAAAUGACUUUCAAUAAUGUAGUUAGCUAAAGGCUACUUCUUUAUUUCUUGAUUGAGAUAAAGGUAGGUAAUAAGGUUUUGAAAUGCAGAUUUCUCCUAUGUUUAGUUGAUGUAAAAAUAGAUGAAUUAGGUGACUAUAUCGUGCAUUUAAAAAGUCUUACUUCUCAAUUCUAAAAUUUACUGAUCAAUGUUAAGAAACCCCAUUAUCAAAAUAUGAUAAAAUUACGUGUGAUAUUGUGAUGACGUUAUAUUAUGCUGUUCUUUUUUAGCUAAAGCCGAGUAGAAACCGUAUGUUAUGUAAUUAUCAAUAAAAUAAAAAGGAAACGUUUAUCUUAGGCCUUGCUAAUGGAAAAAUAACAAAUGUGCAAAGGUAAGUAUUAAAUAAAAAGAUAACCGUUUCAAUUGAAAGCUUUCUAUUAAAUAAAUUAUAUUCAGUUAAAAACUCAAAGAAAAUUUUACAGAUUUGUCCGCUAAAAUAUUGAUUAUUUCCCUUUAGAAGUUCCUUGUAUCUAAUGAGGUUUUGUGAUCCUUGUAUUUAGGAAAAAAUGAAUAAACUCUUCCCAUUAA